CUCUUUUCUCAAUAGUCUUUUCUAUUUCUCUCUUAUUCUUAUCUUGGCUCCAGACUUAAACACUUACACUCAAUAUUUUAUCAGUAAGAACCAUCUUUUUUCCCGUUUGGAAAAGCACACAGACACAUCAACGGAUUUUUGAGUGUUAUUCCAACUGACACCUGAUCUGGGUUAUUGUUUCCACAUUCAAACUCCCACGCAAAGAAAGAAAACUAAUUCAAUUCUCUCUUCCACUUCUUUGUUUUUCAUCCUUAUUCAGUCCCUUUGCUUACCUCCCCAUCCAUCAUGUCCAUGGCAAGCUCCCUCAGACCACCUCAAGCAGGAAAAGCCUAUCAAGGUCUUGUGAGCAGUCGACCGAGCGAUCAAAUGUCGGAUGUCUCUUCGAGCUUCAGUGAGUCCGCCCGUCAUCGUCAGUCUAAGAAGGAUGAGGCUAUUCGCCGUAAAAUUGAACAAGAGCUGUCCAAGAAGCGCCACAGCUCUCGCAAGGCCAAGCAGACACAAAAAGUCAUGGCAGGCACUGUCUCGGCCUUGCGUGUCUCCCAAGCUUUGACGGUCUCAGAGUCUAUCACUGUAACAGAGGCAUCUCAGAACAUGGCUGCCAAGCGUGCCGAUUGUGUCCUCGUCAUUAACGACGAGGAGCACCUAUCAGGUAUCUUUACGGCCAAGGACCUGGCCUUCCGUGUUGUCGCUGCUGGUCUUGAUCCCCGUUCGACUCGUGUGGUAGAUAUUAUGACCCCUAACCCCAUGGUUGUUACAACUGACCGCAGUGCAACUGAUGCCCUGAAUCUUAUGGUUCAGAGAGGCUUCAGGCAUUUGCCCGUACAAAACGAAGAUUCAGAAAUUGUUGGUCUCUUAGAUAUUACAAAAUGCUUGUACGAAUCCUUGUCAAAGAUGGAGAGGGCAUAUGGACAGUCUAAGAAGCUUUACGAUGCUUUGGAGGGUGUAGACAAGGAAUGGGGUGGCAUGCAGAACAUGGCAAUGAUUCAAUACAUGGAGACUCUCAGAGAGAAGAUGAUGUGUCCUGACCUAAGCUCUGUCCUUGAUGGCUCACCUGCUGCCGAGGUUAGCGUUAAGGCUACUGUCAAGGAGGCUGCCAAGCUGAUGAAAGAGCGUCGCGUUACUGCUGUUUUGGUCAUGGACCAGAACGGCAUCGAUAUUGCCGGGAUUUUCACAUCCAAGGACAUUGUCCUUCGUGUCAUUGCUGCUCAAUUGGAGCCCAGCAACUGCAGCGUGGUCCGUGUCAUGACACCCCAUCCUGACACUGCUCCGCCAUCGAUGACCAUUAUGGAUGCCUUACGCAAGAUGCAUGAUGGCCAUUACCUCAACCUGCCUGUCGUUGAAGAGGAUAAAGAAAUUGUUGGAGUUGUUGAUGUUCUCAAACUCACCUAUGCUACCAUGGAGCAAAUUAAUUCAAUGAACUCAAAGGAUUCAGAAUCAGGGCCCAUGUGGAGUCAUUUCUGGAAUUCUGCAACAAUGGGUGAUGGUGAGGAAGGAUCUGUGGUCUCAGAGUCAAUGGCGCCUUCAUCAAUUAUGUCACCCAGUCUUGCAGCCUCACCUAGCAGCCAUCAAGCUAUGCAGCCCUUCCCUGGUGAGAUCUUUCCCAAUGAAUCAGCCUCAGUUGUCGCAGAAGAUCGCAGUGAGCUGAUCCAUAAGCAAAUUGAGGAGGAGAGCACAACCUUUGUGUUCAAGUUUAAAUCGCCUGUUUCAAACACGGUACACCGCUUUACUGCCGAUUACACUGACCUGAACCGUCUCAGGGAUACUAUUUUGGAAAAGGAACCCUUCGGACCUGAAUCAGAUCCUAGUCAGAGCGCCCUUCUUGCUGAAUUCAACAUUUCAUACAUGGAUGACGAGCAGGACUAUGUGAUGAUGACCUCAGAUGCAGAUUUGGCGGACUCAGUUGCGAUUGCUAAGAAGCAAGGUCAUAACCGUGUUAUGCUCUAUGUCUCAGACCCGAGAGCAUCUCAAGUUCUUCCUGCUGUGACAGUGCCACCAGCCGCAGCAGCCCCUGCUGCUAUGGCAGCCGUGCCUGCGCCUGUUGCUAUACCAGAGGAGCCUGUCGAAAUUCCUAAGCCAACAGUUCCUGAGGAGCCUAAGAAGCAACCUUCCGAGUUAAAGAAAAUAUUGGAUUCAAUCCCUGAUGAGUAUCUUCUUCCUGGUGCCUUGGUAACUCUAUCUGUCACCGUUCUUGCUGUCUUUGCCAUUGCUAGAUUAGCCAAGUAAAGAAGGAUUAAGCGCUGUAUCGCAGCUCCACGAAGCAGUCAAGCAAUCAGCAUCAUUCGAAUUUCCUGGAUACCCUUCGGACACUCCUUGGAUAACAUCACUUUCAUGUAUUCCAAUUUACUUCACAUACUUCCUCUUCAUGGGAUCAACAUUAAAAGCAUAGGACUCUUUAUAAGCAUCGCUAUGCGAACGAAAAAUUAGACUUUUUUUAACAUUCACAAUUACAUUUACACCCAUAUUCAUAUUUGGAAUACAAAAAAAAAAACACAUAAAAAGAG